AUGUCUUACUACUUCGUCAUCAUCUCGCCCACCGACACACCGGUCUUCGAAUUGACAUUUGGCACGUCAAAGGCCGGCGGCGAUGGCGUUGCUCGCUUCCGAAACGGGGAAACCUCACGGUACAUGAACCAGUUCAUCGUCCACGCCGCUCUCGACGUGGUCGAAGAAGUCCAGUGGCUCCAGCCAAACAUGUGGCUCAAGGUCAUCGACAACUACGCGCCCACCAAUUCCCACAUCAGCUGUUUCAUCACCGGCACCAACGUCCGAUUCAUGCUUCUGCAUCAACCCUCGACGACGAAUGCAUCCGCAGGGAGUCGGACGUCGACCAUCUCAUCCACGUCAAUCCCGCAGAACCCGACUAGCCCGCAGACGGAGGAAGCCAUCCGGCAGUUCAUGAACGAGGUCUUCGAUCUGUGGGUCAAGACUUUGAUGAACCCGUUCUACGCGGUCGGCAACCCGAUCAAGAGUCCGAUAUUCCGCCAACGAGUCACCGCUGCCGGCAAGAAGUGGCUAUGA